CUCUUGUAAUUCUUACGAGCUCAGUGUCUUCCGUCUGUUUGCCAUCGACAACCCAUCAGAAGAAGGAGGUUUUAGACGAGAAUCAUCGAAACCACCGCCCAUCCUCACCCACAUUUCCCCACACUCCGCGGUGUUCCUGCAGCCGUUCUGCGGGUCGUGCUAAACCGGAUUAAGCGAAGUCACGAGAGCACCCCAGUGACUGGACUGACGACAGGGCCAGCUGCUCUUCUCGACUCUUCCAUUCUUUGUUAUCUGCCACUCACAACACCCUCAUCAUCCAAGCCUUCAUCACCAAAGCUCUCAACUGCCUUCCCUUUAUCAAAACACCAGUCUCUCUCAUCUUCUUCUCUCACCACCAAGCUCUCCAUCAUGACCCGCACCCACAAGGGCAACGACCGUGACCACGUCGGCCUCGCCAACGGCACCGCCGGCCCCGAAGAGCAUCUCCCCCGCUACUUCGCCAAAGCCGGGUACGCGGGCGUCGAUCCGGCGGGCACGAAGAAGCAAGGCGGCGGCAAAGGCAACUGGGGCGUGGAAGGCGUCUCGGAGCUCGAAGACUACGACUACAACAUGAACAAGCAGCGCCGCCGCACCAACAGCUCCACGCACGCCGCCGGCCACUCGGGCCUCAAGACUAAGUUCGAAGCCAUCGACCCCGAGGUCAUUGAGUAUGAGGAGGAGAUGCAUGGGCCGCAGCAGGAGGAUUUGGAGAAGUUGAGUACGUCGAGCUCCGCUGGGACGGUGGAGGAGGCGGAGGAGAAGAAGUAGGCGGGUUUUGUCUCUUCUUCAUUUUUCUCGCCAUGACGUCCUCUGCUGUGAGUGUAUGCUAUGGUUGAGGAUGCGUGAUGGCGUUUUGCUGGUGCAGGGGGCUUAAGGUCCAAACAAGCAGGGAGAUGCUAUGUGCCUCCUCGGAUACGCAGUCAUGAAGGAAAGGGGUGUUGUAACAAUAAGAAAAUGAGAAAUGCUUGCGGUGCAAGUUCAAGUGAAGC